GCAUCGUCGACAGCGAACAAACUGGAGGCCAGCGAGUCCCCGAUGGGCCGGCUCCUCCCUGCCCUGAUGCUGCUGCUGGCCCUGCUGCUGCCCCUGCUGUGGGCAGGGUCCCUGCAGGAGAAACCAGACUACUGGCUGCAGGUGGAGAAGUUUGUGACGGUGCAGGAGAACCUGUGUGUCCUGGUGACCUGCUCCUUCUCCUACCCCCAGAACGGCUGGAACCACUCUCACCGUGCUCACGGCUACUGGUACCGGCAGAAGGAGGAUGGGAAAGUUGCCCACACAACAGAUGAACUUGCGGCCACAAAUGACCCGGGAAAGAAAGCUGGACUGAAAAGCAAAGCUGGUUUCCAGCUGCUUGGGGACCCCAGGGCCUACAACUGCUCCCUGAAGAUUGCAGGUGCCCAGAAGGGGGACAGUGGACGUUACUAUUUUCGUGUAGAGAGAGGAAGACUGAAGUACAGUUACCGAAAGGCCUACAACUGCUCCCUGAAGAUUGCAGGUGCCCAGAAGGGGGACAGUGGACGUUACUAUUUUCGUGUAGAGAGAGGAAGACUGAAGUACAGUUACCUGAGACCAAUGCUGACUGUGAUAUUGACAGAGCUGACACAGACCCCGGACAUCCACAUCCUGGAGCCCCUGGUGUCGGGUCACCUCAGCCGCCUGCUGUGUUCCAUGCCCAGGACCUGCAGUGGGAUCAGGGCUCCCAGGUUCUCCUGGAAUGGAUCAGCCCUGAGACCCCCGGGGUCGGGCUUCGGGGUCCAUACCUCCUCGGAGAUCCUGCUUACUCCUCGCCCUGAAGAUCAUGGCACCCAACUCACCUGUCGGGUGACCUUCCCUCAGGCUGGUGUGACCAGGGAGAGGACUGUGCAGCUCAGUGUGUCCUAUCCUCCUCAGAACCUGACCGUCAGUGUCACCACAGCAGAUGACAGAGCCCCGGACGCCCAGGGCAAUGGUUCCCGUGUGGAGGCCCAGAAAGGCCAGCUCCUGCGGCUCCUCUGCGCUGCUGACAGCCGGCCCCCUGCCACGCUGACCUGGGACCUGGAGGGCAGAGUCCUUGCUCAGGCCCAAACCUCAGGAAGCAAACCUCUGAGGCUGGAUCUACCUGGGGUGAAGCCUGAGGACGCGGGGCGCUACAGCUGCCGGGCAGAGAACAGGCUGGGCUCCCAGCACAGCUCCCUGGAGCUCUCCGUGCAGUAUCCCCCGGAGGACCCGAGAGUGACAGUUUCCCAAGCAAACAGGACAGUCCUGGAAAUCCUCGGGAACGGCACAUCCCUGCCCGUGCUGGAGGGCCAGAGCCUGCGCCUGGUGUGUGUCACCCACAGCAGCCCCCCAGCCAGGCUGAGCUGGGCCCGGGGGACACAGUCCCUGAGCUCCUCCUGGUCCUCAGCCCCUGGGGUCCUGGAGCUGCCCCGGGUGCAGAUGGAGCAUGAAGGGGAAGUCACCUGCCACGCGGAGAACCCGCUGGGCACCCGGAGUGUCUCUCUCAGCCUCUCUGUGCACUGUGAAUGUCCCCAGCUGCUGGGCCCCUGGUGCUCCUCGGAGCCUGAGGGUCUGGACUGCAGCUGCUCUUCCUGGGCUGGGCCUGCUCAUUCCUGGCGGCUCAGGGAGGAGCUGCUGGACCGGAACAACUUCAAUGACUCCUUCAGGGUCACCCCCAGCUGGGCCGGGCCCUGGGCCAACAGCUGCCUGAGCCUCCACGGGGGACUGAGCUCAAGCCUCAGGCUCAGCUGUGCCAUGAAUGUUCACGGGAUCCAGAGCACCACAGUCCUGUGGCUGCCAGUUGAGGGCCCGUGGCGUCACUCACUGUUCCUGGACUGCCUGGGUGUUGGAGAACAUGGAAGGAAGCCAGAGAGUCGGGGUGGAUAUGUGCUGGCAGCGUUUGGGGGAGCUGCUGUCGCUGCUCUGCUCUGUCUCUGUGCCUGCCUCCUCUACUCCAGGAUGAAAACUCCCCAGAAAGACUCGGCCAGGACGGUGGCCACAGAGAAGGACGCAUCCUGCUCCCCGAGUGCUGUCUGUGGGGGUCACCUGGAUGCAUCUGGGGCAGACCGCCCAUCAUCUGCCAUGGCGACCACAGGGGAGGAAAAGGAGCUGCAUUACGCCUCCCUCAGCUUUCUGGGACUGAGGCCCCGGGAGCCUCAGAGCCUGAAGGACGCCAGCACCACGGACUACUCAGAGGUCAUGAUCCGGAAGUGACAUCCCCGAAGCUCCCAGGAUUUCUCUGGGGAGGACUCUCAGGCCACUGUGCACCUGUAAAUGGAAGAGGAGUGGCCCCACCGCCAGACAGCAGAACUGAGUGCAGACUUUGAAUGAGCAACUUUCUCCCUUUUCUCCUCUGCCAAAAGGACACAACAGACACUGAGUCCCUGGCUGCCAGUGGCAUGAGGGAAGCGAUUCCCACAAAGCAUCCGGAGCUGUGUAUGCAGAGAGAGCCUUCCCUGUGGCUCCUGCCAGGGCUCCACCAGGUGAUGAGCUUGGGUCUGACCACCCUGGGCCAGGAGGGCCCCCUUCGGGGCUUCUCCUGCUGUCCAGAGCUGCAGACGCUCUUGAGGCUAUCGCUGAGCUAUAAGCUCAAUUGCUCCCUGCCACACCUGCCUGCUCCCUCUCCCUCCUCUGGAGUUGAUCGCUGGAUGCCGCUUUCUCCCAGCUCCAAACCUGUAGGGGAGUUUCCAUCCAAGACUUGCUUCCGAAUUUGACCUUGUGUUUCAAUCCUCAUUUGACUGAAAUAA